GAAAUUUGGAAGGAUUUUUUACCAAGAGAAGCUGAAGAAAUCACUCAAUACUCAGGUGAGCUCCACCUUGAUGGCACCAAAGCUGCAGAAUGUUGCUUGUAUCUAUUGUCUCUGAAUUAUAGGGGUGGCCACAUCAUGGACUACAACUGGGCAACCCAUGCCUGCAACUAUUGGGUUUGCGAUGGAAUAAUAACAGUACAAGAAGAAAAAGGAGGAGGUAGCCUACAGGAGGACCAAGCAUGGGAGCUUGCAGCUGCUCUGCAUCAGGAGAUACGUCUAGAGGACUACUCAUCUAACAGAGUGCCUGAUUUUGGUGAUGAAUUGUAUACUCCCCCAAAUCGAUGGGUUUUGGUCACCCAGGAGUAUGACAUGAAAAACAAACCAACUCUAGAUACAACGUCCUUGUUCAUUGCAUUCCAAAGUGUGAUAUUGUUACCGGAUGACAUGUUCCAUCAAGCAAACAAAGUCCAAGUACUGAGAUUGUGCAACUGUGCCUUCAACUUUUCGUCACCUCCUUUCCAUUGCUGCCACAACUUAAGAUUUCUUGGCCUGGAUAAAUGCCAAGAUCAUCGGACACAAGAAGCUGGAGAGGAUAAGAGCAACACUAGUUCAGCACUGGAGAUUUUUCAGAGGCUAUGGGUAUUAGACAUAUGCUACAUAGAUUGGGAGCUGCCUUUCCCUACAGAGAGUACAAGAGAGCAGCAAAUGGCAAUGAACAUUAGGGAGGUACAUAUAAACAAGGGAAGGAUUUGGCGCAGAAAUUUUGCAUGGCGGCGAUUGAAGAACCUUCGAAAGCUUCGAGUAAUUGAGCCUACACACCCUUGGGGUAACAAAGGGGAAAUAGAUGAGUUUGCUGACAUGCUGAAGCUGGAGAUCCUUGACCUGUCUAAGAAUACUAUGAUACAAGUUUUGCCAAGCCUAUGUGGUGCCAGUAGCCUCAAAACACUGAUCCUAGAUGAUUGUGUUGUGCUGGAACAAGUUGGCCCCCAGGGACUUCCUCCUUCGCUUGAAUCAUUCAGCUUUGCUUCAAGAGAAGGAAACAAAGCUAAAAUCUCAUCUAUCUCCUUGGCUGGUUGCUCGAGCUUGGUGAACUUCACAUUACGUGGGCCAUUGCAAAACCUUAGGGGAUUGGACCUCUCUGGCACAAUGAUAAAAAUGCUUGACCUCCGAGAUGUACAAGACUCAUGUAUUGGACAAAUAAUUCUGCUACGGUGUGAGAAGCUAUGCACCAUAUUAUGGCCAGAGAAAGGAUUCCCAAACCUAAGCAUGCUACACAUUGAUCCAUUGGUUUGCCAUGUAGAAACAGAGCAGCAGCAAGCAUAUGCAACCGUGAUGGAUUUAAGAUUUGUUCAAUCCUUGGUGUUAAGAAGCAAUGACAAGUUCUGUUGGAACUGCAAUAAGACCCAUAUAAAUAUAUGCAUCUCUUCUACCCCAAAAGAUGCAACACCAAAAAAGAAGACAAUGAGCUAUUACAGCGCUCAAAAAGUAGUUGGCUCACCUCUACACAUGCCAAUAGUCACCACCAUUCAACCUGUUGUUUGCUACAAGGAUGUCAACUUGGCCAUGAUAUCUGCUAUUGAGCUGGAAGGCAGCAGUGCACCACGGCAUGAGCCACUAGACAUCCAUGUGGAGAUCGGAGAGGGAAUAAGCUAUGCUAAUGUUGUCAGUGCACAAGCAUUGAGUGCAGUAUCAUUUAUGAUGAACAAGGCCAAGUCUUUGCACGUACAUGACAAUUUUUCAAUCACCAGUGUUAACCCUAAACACGUGAUUUUGACAGGGGAUAAGGAAAUUAGAUGGGAUUGUCUAAAGAGGUGCCACAUUGAGAGAUGUCACAAGUUGAACACUGUCUUCUCUACCGAUUAUACUAAAUACUGCUUUGAAACACUGGAGGCAUUUUCAGCAGCUGAGCUCAUGAUGGCAAAUUGUAUUUGGAGCAGAGGAAGGACAGCCAGUCCUCGGGACGAUAGUUCCUUUGCAAAACUGAGGAGUAUACACUUACACUACUGUCCGAGGCUCACGUUUGUGCUUCCACUAUCAUGGCCUACAUCAGACUCACACUUGCCCAGCUUGGAGACUCUCCACAUCGUCUACUGCAGUGAACUCAGACAGAUCUUCCCCGUGGAGGCAGUUGCUCUAAUGGAACAACCAAGAGGUGUGCUGAGAUUCCCAAAGCUGAAGCACAUCCACCUGCAUGAUGUCCCCAAGCUGCAUGAGAUAUGCGAAAUCAGCAGGAUGGUUGCUCCUGUGCUCGAGACAAUCAGGGUGAGGGGAUGCUGGGCUCUCAAGCGCAUCCCCGCCAUCGACGGCAGCCUCCGUGGUCAGGACAGUUGCCCAAUCGUGGACUGCGAGAAGGACUGGUGGGAGAAGCUGGAAUGGGAGGGGAUGAAUGUUGGCCAUGACCCCUCCCUCUUUGAGCCUCGCCACUCGAUGUACUACAAGAAGGCUCUACCCAGAUUCUCUCUUCUCCGGUGAGGCAACCUGCAGACGAUGUAUCAACUGCUGCUCAUUUGUUAAGAUUUACUGAUGGAUCAACCAAGGUGUCUGCCUGCUUUCUUCCGUCUCGCUGCAGUGGUUUCGAGUGUUUGCUUGUUUUCUGAAGAAUAAAUUGGUGCAUCAUGUGCUUGCAGCAUGCACCUCUGAGUUGUAUAUAUUGUUGUGUGCUUGCAUACUAAGUUAAUUAAUUCGCGUGUGUGUCUCUCAGGGGAGUGACGCAGAACCAUCUGUGUGUGUGUGAAUUUGUUGAUUGUCGAUGUAUGUGCUUGAAAUAAGAUGCAUGGUCUGAUGGGCCUGUGGUGUGCCUACCACUAGUUCCCAGAAGUUCAUGGUGUGAUAGUGUGUAAUUGCAAACGAAUGGACAUAAAUUAAAUAUUGAUGCUGCAUCGUGGUGAUGCUGCAACAAAUGUAUUGUGUGAUCUACAUGUGGACUACUGAUUUGAUUGUUUAA